AUGUCUAAGACUACAGGACUGUUACAGCGCAUUCAAGAUGGAAAGACCGUCAUUGUUGCGGAGGGGUAUAUCUUUGCUUUUGAGCGUCUGGGAUACCUGAAAGCAGGGCCGUUCACCCCUGAAGUUGUAGUGGAUCAUCCCGAGCUGGUACGGCAAAUGUACAAAGAUUUCGUGCGUGCUGGAAGCGACGUAGUCCAAGCUUUUACGUAUUAUGGUAACCGUAGCAAGUUCAAGCUCGUCGGGCGGGAGGAUGUGCUCGAGAAGCAGAAUCGUCUCGCACUCAAGAUGGCGAGAGAAGUGGCCGAUGAAACGGGCACCCUGAUGUGCGGUGACCUCAGCAACACUUGGGUGUACGAACCGGGGAAUGACGAGGCAAUUGCUAAGACGAAAAUUAUGUUCAAGGAGCAGGUCGAGUGGGCCGUGGACGAGGGAGCCGAUUUCAUCGUGGGCGAGACGUUUGGUCACCUUGAAGAGGCUGUGCUUGCAACCAAGGCAAUCAAAGAAUACGGAAAAGGUGUACCUGCCGUCAUCACCAUAGCAACGCACUUUACUAAGACGACGACGGAGGGGAAGCCUACCACGGCGGACGGCAUCGAGUUCAACGAAGCCCUUCGACGUCUUGUGGCCGAAGGUGCCGAUGUCGUCGGCUUCAACUGUACCCGAGGACCUCGGUCAAUGAUACCCAUCCUUGAGAGCGCCGUGGAGGCCAACAUUGGGGCUCCUUUGGCGGCGCUUCCCGUGUUAUACAGGACAACCAUCAAAGAACCGAGUUUCUUUACUUUACCAGAUCCUUGGACAGGUGAAAGGGCGUUCCCCUUGGAUCUGGACUGUCUCCUCUGCUCACGUGGAGACGUUGUCAAGUUCACUCAGCGCUGUGCCCAACUCAAGAUACCAUACGUGGGACUGUGCUGCGGAAACGCCCCUCACUACACCCGAGCCAUGGCCGAAACUCUGGGGAGGGUCACUGAGGCGUCCAAGUUCUCACCGGACAUGUCGGUCCAUGGGAUGUAUGGCACGGAUGACACCAAGAUCAAUACAUAUUACACAGACCUACACAAAACUUCCUCAAGCUACGUAAAGAAGUAGGAAUAGAUGAAAUCACUGGUUAGCUAGAUAUAGGGGUGGUUGUUGCCGCUUAGAAAAAUACAAUGUGGUGUAUUUUACGUGCACUAAGUUACGAAAGAAAAAUGUGCCCAUAUUUCAAAAUUUACACUGCUCAAAUUAUGUGAUAAACCACUUUUCAGCGCAGCGAGUUCUGGAACCAUACAGCUGACCAGAUGACGCUAGAGGU